GCUACCUCAUUUAUCACUUCGUCGUUCUUUUACGCUCCGUUCCGAUAUUUCCGACAGCACUUUAAGGCAGCAUAAGUUAGGAGUUCGGCGGUAUCGCGUCCCUCUGAGCAAACAAUCCUGCGGAACAAACAGAAGUGAGGCUAAACAAAUAUGAAACGUCCCGGAAAUGUAAUAACAGCGACUGUAACAUUUACUCUUCUUCUUUGCCUGUUUUCAGUCAGAGGGGACUACUGUGAGGUAAAUCUUUGCCAUAAUGGAGGAACGUGUGUGACAGGAGUAGGAGACGAUCCGUUCAUCUGUAUCUGCUCAGAUGGCUUCGGUGGAGACACCUGCAACCUGACAGAGACGGGACCCUGCAGUCCUAACCCCUGUAAGAACGACGGGGCAUGCGAGAUCAUCGCUCCAACCCGACGGGGAGACGUUUUCAACGAGUACAUCUGCAGGUGCCAGCCGGGCUUUGAGGGAGUGCACUGCCAGAUCAACGUGAAUGACUGCGCCGUCCAGCCCUGCAACAAUGGAGGGACAUGCCGAGAUCUUGAUGGAGACUACACCUGCCAGUGUCCUUCACCGUAUGUUGGAAAGCAGUGCCAGCUACGUUGCAUUUCUCUGCUGGGGAUGGAGGGAGGAGCAAUCGUGGAGUCCCAGAUUUCAGCUUCCUCUGUGCACUACGGCAUUCUCGGUCUUCAGCGCUGGGGCCCCGAGUUGGCUCGACUCAACAACCAAGGCAUCGUCAAUGCCUGGACGUCAGCCGCUCAUGACAGGAACCCUUGGAUUGAGAUUAACAUGCAGAAGAAGAUGCGUCUGACGGGCAUCAUCACUCAGGGCGCCAGUCGCAUGGGCGCGGCUGAGUACAUCAAGGCCUUUAAGGUGGCGAGCAGCUUUGAUGGAAGCGCUUAUACCACUUACAGAGUGGAUGGCCAACGGAGGGACAAGGUCUUCGUGGGCAACACAGAUAACGACAGCACAAAGACCAACCUUUUUGAGCCCCCCAUCGUGGCCCAGUACAUCCGCAUCAUCCCUGUGGUUUGCCGCAGGGCCUGCACGCUGCGUAUGGAGCUGGUGGGCUGCGAACUCAAUGUUUAUUCAAACACGGCAGGUUGCUCAGAGCCUCUGGGAAUGAAGUCUCGCCUCAUCUCAGACGGGCAGCUUUCAGCCUCCAGCUCUUUCCGCACAUGGGGAAUCGAUACCUUCACAUGGCACCCUCAGUUCGCCCGACUGGAUAAGCUGGGAAAGACAAACGCUUGGUCUCCUGCCCACAACAACCGCUCGGAGUGGAUCCAGGUGGACCUGGAGAAAACAAAGCGGCUCACAGGCAUCAUCACUCAGGGGGCAAAGGACUUCGGGGUGGUGCAGUUUGUGUCAGUGUUCAAAGUUGCUUACAGUAACGACGGAGAGUCAUGGAAGAUGGUGAAGGAGGAGAACACCAGCAACGAUAAGCUUUUCCAAGGCAACACUGACAACAACACCCACAAGAAGAAUCUGUUUGAGCCUCCGUUCUACGCCCGAUUCGUCCGAGUCGUGCCCUGGGAGUGGCACGAGCGCAUCACCCUACGCAUGGAGCUGCUGGGCUGCGACGAUUAAAAGCUCAUCAGUCACCUUCUAACAGUGCUCCACCCUCAUCCAGUUGCUCCAUCUCCUCAAACUGCUACAGAAUCAUCUGUACUUCGUUCUUCUCUCUGGUUAAAGAUCCUGUUGGCUUCUUGGACUGUAACACUCGUAGCACUUUCUGAAUAAUGACUUUUUUAUGUUUAUGUUGAUAGGAUUGUUUGACAUUGCUCACAAACUAUAAUGGUUUUUAAUAGCUCUGGAUAGUAACAAAAUUUGCAUAGAUUUGCUCCUCGUCCUUAUUAUUUGCUCCUCCUUGAUUUCAGGCUGUCCCGAGCCUGGAGUCUUGAUCAUAGUGCUCUUCUCCUCUUCCAGUCAUGCCUCAACUAAAUUGCCAGUUUUAAACUUUUUUUCUGUCCUUCCUUUGCGGUCGCACACCAGCUAACAACCCAGCUGUUUGCUGUGGUUUUAACAGCCUAUGGGGACAGAUGACGAACGUCCUCACCAGCUCACUGACUGUAUGUCAUUCUGCACAUGAUGUUUAGUUACUGAAGCACAAACUAGCAUAACAACACAGGGCCUGUGCAAUAUAGAGAAUAUUUGGCAUCUACAGCUAUCCUGGAAGAGAUAAUAUGUCCUUGAAUAGAAAAUUAAAAUCUAAAAAUAUUAUGGGAAAAUGAUAUAACAAACUAAAAGGCUUUUUGCAGGAAGUUUUUCAUGUCACAUGCUUUGUUUGAAAACACAUUUUAGCAGGUUUUCCGCUUCAGUCUUGCAUAAUUUCAUUUUAAUUUAACUCUUUUUACAACAAAUGUGAAAUUUGUAGAAAGAUGUGUAGAAAAUAAACAAUGUUUUGCAUUCUUUUUUUUCUUUUUUUUUAUUCACUGUUGGUCUUGAACUGAGCUCAUUUAUUAAAUGUUAAAAG